AUGUUUCGGCGUACUGCGUAUCGACUCGCUGCGGCAUCGGUCAAGGCGGCCGCCGAGCCUACUCUGCACACACUGCACGUUUCCAAGGCGCAGGGAAUUGCUAGGGGUCUGACGGGAGCCAUUGGCAACACGCCGCUCAUCCGACUGAACCAUAUCUCCGACCAGACCGGGUGCGAGGUGUUGGGCAAGGCCGAGUUCAUGAAUCCCGGAGGAUCUGUCAAGGACCGCGCAGCGCUGUAUGUGGUCAAGGACGCGGAGGAGCGGGGGCUCCUCCGCGCGGGUGGCACGGUGGUGGAGGGCACGGCGGGCAACACGGGUAUCGGGCUGGCGCACGUGUGCCGGUCGCGCGGGUACAAGCUGGUCAUCUAUAUGCCCAACACGCAGUCGCAGGGAAAGAUCGACCUGCUGCGGCUGCUGGGGGCCGAGGUGCACCCCGUGCCGGCGGUGGCGUUUGACAACCCGGACAACUACAACCACCAGGCGCGGCGGCACGCCGAGAGACUCGACAACGCCGUGUGGACGGACCAGUUCGACAACACGGCCAACCGGAGGGCGCACAUCGAGACGACGGGUCCGGAGAUCUGGACCCAGACGCGCGGGAAGGUCGACGCCUUCACCUGCGCCACCGGCACCGGGGGCACCCUGGCCGGCACGUCGCGCUACCUCAAGGACGUGUCCAACGGCCGUGUCAAAUGCUUCCUCGCCGACCCGCCGGGCAGCGUGCUGCACUCCUACAUCAGCUCCGGUGGUAAGCUCGUCGAGCGCACCGGGUCCAGCAUCACAGAGGGCAUCGGUCAGGGCCGCGUCACCGACAACCUCAAGCCCGACAUCGACCUGAUGGACGGCUCGCUCACCAUCCCGGACGAGAAGAGCCUCGAGAUGGUCUACCGCUGCCUCGACGAGGAGGGCCUCUACCUCGGCGCCAGCUCCUCGCUCAACGUAGUCGCCGCCAAGGAGGUUGCCGAGAAGCUGGGCGCCGGCCACACCGUCGUCACCAUGCUCUGCGAUGGCGCCUACCGCUACGCUGACCGCCUGUUCUCCCGCAAGUGGCUCGAAGAGAAGAAGCUCAUCGGCGCCAUUCCCGAGCACCUGGAGAAGUACAUUCGUCUUCAUUCAUGCCUUGCCGACAAUCUUGUUGUAGUCUUGGGUCCAGAUGUUGCCGCGCUUGGUGGCCGACUGGAGGAACUCGGCCACGUGCUUGUCAAGGGACUCAAGGAGGGGCACGAGGGCAGUCGACUCAGCCGGGAGGACCUCCUGGGCGGCGCGGACAGCACGGAUGUUCCAAGCGAUGCUCUGGACGUAGGCGCUGCCGCAGAGGGAGCGGUUUCGCUUCUUGACAGCAGCAGCGUCAAUCCCGCUACCCUCCUGGAGGGGCAUAAGAUCGGCAACGUCGGUGAUCUGGGUGAUGGAGACGCCGUCCUGGAGGUGCGGGGACCAGAGGGCCUGGAGGAGGGCAAUGUCGUCCUUGACCGUGACCAGCUCCUCGUCGACAGGCUCCUCGGCGGCCUGCUUGGCUUGGACGAGGGAGGCGCGAGCAUAGAGGAGCAUGCCGCGGGACAGGGUGGAGAAAUUGGCGGGCCGCUGGGCGAGGUCGAGGAUGAUCUCGCCCCAGCGCGUGGCCUGGCGGACCUGGGCGGCAUCGCCGGCGGCGGCAUCGACCUUGGCGCUGACGGCCAGGUACAGGCGGGCAAACUGCUCCUUGUUGACGAUGUGCAGGCCCGUCUCCUGGGCCUGCUUAAGGCAUUCGAUGACGAGCCCCAGCUGUCCGGCCUCGGUGGCCAGGCGCAUCAGCUUGCCCUGCUGCCCGAGAGCAGCGUGCCCAGGUUCUGCCAAUCCUCGUGGGUCUUCAUGUUGCGCAGCGCCUUCCACAUGAUGUCGCGAGAUUUGGGGACGUCCUUGGUCCGGUCCAUAGUCUUGAAGCGGUGCUCGUGGCCCUCGACCUCAAUGUCGAUGGGGUUCGACUCGAGGUACAUGCGUUUGGUCGGGUCGAAGACGAUGCCGCGCUGCUUCUGCGGCAGGUACGCCGGCAGGAUUAUCUUUUCCUGGAUCUCGCCUAGGAUCGAGUUGAGCUCGUGGUUGUCCGUCUCCGAGUAUAUCGCCCUGAAGCCUAGAUUCCAAAGCCCCACCCCCUUCUGUCAGCACUGCUCCUAUCGUCAUGGUCGUCGGGACUCUCAGAUCAUACCGAAGCCUGGCGUCGAGCUGAAUGGCCGCGAGCUGGUGCCCGCGGCUGCCGGAGCCGUGAGACGGCCCAUGCCCCUGAGGGCCGACGGCACUGUCCUGCUGUACAUUUUGGAAGAUGGCGUGAUGUGCUGCGGUUCUACCAACGACGUAGAAUGGCCUUAUGUUUGA